UUAGUUAAAGGUUUGGAGUGUAGUAUCUUCCUUUGAGUUGCUUUUGCUUUUCUCUUUGUCCAAAGCUUCGAAGGCGAAUAUGUGAAGUAGGGGUGUGGGAGAGAGUCUCCAUUACUAAGAAGCAACAUCCUCCCAUGAAGAAGGUCUGAGGGACAGACAGACAGACGAGAGAGAGAGAGAGAGAGAGAGAGAGAGAGAGAGAGAGAGAGAUGGAGAAGUUCAUGGGUCUGGGUCAUCUGUUCGUGACUAUCUUUCUCUACCACAUUGCGGCAUUCAUGGUCAUUCCAGCCAUAACUGAUGUGAGCAUGGGCGCCCUUUGCCCUGGCACUGACCAGUGUUCUCUUGCCAUCUACCUCAAUGGUUUCCAACAAGUGGUCACAGGAAUAGGUACUCUUGUGGUUACACCUUUGAUUGGGAAUCUGUCGGACGAGUAUGGGAGGAAGGCGUUGCUCACACUCCCAAUGGCUCUCACCAUCGUUCCUCUCGCUAUAUUAGCCUACGGCCGGACAAAGUACUAUUUCUAUGCAUACUACGUGGUAAGGACUUUCACAGACAUGGUGUGCCAGGGCAGUGUUAUGUGUCUCACUCUUGCUUAUGUGGCAGAUAAAAUUUCAGAGAGCCAACGCACAUCAGCCUUUGGAUUGCUGUCAGGCAUCUCCUCUGCUGCAUUUGUCUUCGGAACUGUAACUGCCCGUUUCCUUCCCACCCAUUCUACUUUCCAGGUAGCUGCAGCCAUAGCUUCGAUUGCAGCUAUUUACAUGAGAUCUUUUUUGUCGGACCCAAACAACCACAGCAACAUCGAGGAUGGAACUUCUUGUUCUCAAUCGUCUAUGAAAAAGCGGUUGAGAGUGCUCCCAGGCAGCCAUUCAUUGCAGAAAAAGAAAAUCUUCAGCAGAAUUCUGCCAGUGGAAGAUGUGACCUACUUGUUGCAGACUAGUGUGACAUUUUCACAAGCGGCCAUCGUUGCAUUCUUCAAUAAUCUUGGGGAGAGUGGCUUUCAAGCUUCGUUACUGUUCUAUCUAAAAGCACAGUUUCACUUUAACAAAGAUCAGUUUGCAGAUUUAUUGCUAAUAGUCGGAGUUGCCGGGGCCAUCUCACAGUUGCUUCUCAUGCCCCUGCUAGCACCUACUUUAGGAGAGGAGAAGUUGCUUCGGAUAGGGCUCUUGGCAUGCUGUGGACAUAUGUUUCUUUAUGCCUUAUCGUGGUCCUCCUGGGUUCCUUAUGCUGCUUCUUCAUUAUCAAUUAUGGUUUGCUUAAUCUCCCCAUGUAUGAGGAGCAUUGUAUCCAAACAAGUUGGGCCAGAUGAGCAGGGGAAGGCUCAAGGGUGCAUUUCAGGCAUAUGUUCCUUUGCAAACAUCAUGUCUCCUUUUGCAUUCACUCCGCUCACAGCUCUCUUCCUAUCACAGAAAGCACCGUUUUAUUUUCCUGGCUUCAGUAUCAUGUGCGCCGGAUUAGUGUCGAUGAUAGCCUUAUUGCAAGGUAUCAUGAUGAGGGCAGGUCCUCCAAUUUCAAGCAAACAAGUCAACAGUAGCAACUAUGUUCCGGCCUAGUUUUCAAAAAUCCAAAUGCUUGACCUUCGUAUUUCUAAUGGGCACAACCAUAUCCAUCCAAAACUUCACAUACAUUGAAGAAGGCUAAAAUGCAGAGGUAGCAGCAUCCUUCUUGAUUCAAAUGGUCACGACAAGCCCAAGCAUAUUCGUGGAUGCUUCCAUAUCAAGUAGCUUAUUGUGAACCACCCAUACCAUAAUGUUGAAUUGUAGCCAAUUCAGGUUUUCUCAGGCUUCGAUCAUCGGUUGAAGAAUGCACACUGAAGGGAGAACAAGCACGUUUCUACAACAAGAACACGCAAUGAAAGCAAGCGGGCAACAUAUAACUUAUAUACUAUUUUGGCUCAAAAAAUCCCUUUAGUUAUGUAGCAAACUGGGCUUUGCCUGCCUUAAGCAUUGUUUCAAUUAGUUCAUGAGUUUGGCAAAAGAGCAUCAACAUUGGAUUUCUUAGGAUUGUAUAAAUAUAAUUCAAUUUUUCAUUAUACAACUGUAUGCUAAGGAUGCAUGUUUCUUAGA